CAAAGCGGUGGGCGUAGGCGGAUUCCCCAAGGGGCAAAACCUUGGUCCUGGACUCGCAGCUUCACUCCAUCAAACCCUAGUUCUUCCUCCGCCUUCAAACCCUUGCACCGGGGAAUAGAGAUGGCACCCAAACGCCCCGCCGUCGAAGCCACGUCUUCUUCCUCCUCCGACGAGGCCGCCUCCUCGUCCGACGAAGAGCACGAGGAAGCGCCCCUCUCCUCCCCUUCCCCUGACAAAACCAUCGUCCAAAAGAAGCCCACCAACCCCCCCGCCCCCGCUCCCCCGGCCCCGAAGUCCCACCCGUCCCAGCGCCCUGCCCCGGCCUCCAGCGACGAAGACGAAGACGACAGCGAAGACGAAGAAGAAACCUCCGCUUCCGAAUCCGACGAUGAUCAAACCAAGAAGCAGCCCCCCCCGGNGCCCCAGCCCCAGCCCAGCCACCCCUACCCGAACCCACCCCCCCAGCCCACCGCUUCCGGAUCCAGUGAUGGGUCCGGAUCCGGGUCCGACUCCGAAGAAGAAUCCUCCGACGAGGAGCCCGCCCCCGUCCGCCGCCCCUCUCGCGGCGCUGAUCCCUCCAUCAAGCCUAUCAGCUCGAAGCCCAUGGACGAAGCCUCCCAGCCCAAGAAGCCCACCGCCGCUUCCCCGUCUCCCAGGAAGAAAGCGAAAACCUCGGAGCCUUCGGAGAAUGACGGCGGCGGGCCGAAGCGGCCGCUGUUCCAGAGACUGUGGAGCCCGGAUGACGAGAUCGCCGUCCUCUCCGGUCUCGUCGAGUACCGCUCGAAGAAGGGAACUCUCCCAUCGUCCCAUGAGAUGGACCAGUUGCACAAUUUGAUUCGUGGCUCUCUUCAGGUUGAGGUCAGCAACAACCAGCUCAACGACAAGAUUCGGCGCCUGAAGAAAAAGUUCGAGACCAAUGUUGGUAGGGGCAAGAACGGCGCGGACCCGACCUUCUCCAAGCCCCAAGAGCGCACUGCCUUCGAGCUCUCGAAGAAGAUAUGGGGGGCUAAGAAGAUCCUCUCGGAGGAUGCCGGUGCCAGCAGCGGUGAGGAAGAUGAGGGUGAGGAGAGUGACAGUGAGAUGGCCGGCCAACAGAAUGUUAAGGAGGAGAAUGCUGCCUCCCCCGCUGCUUCUCUGAAGCUUCUUGAUGGUGUGUCGCCUGCACCGCCAUUGGCAAAUGGUAGUGCUAAGCUUCGGUACCCUUUCUUAAGCGGGGCAGUUACUAAAUUGGCGAAUGAGUGCAAAUGUGGAACGGCGAUGAAGAGGGCGCUGGAGAACGUUGAGGACUCGAAGGCGAGAGCAAUGGAGGAGAAGGUCAAGAAGCAGAAGAUGGGUGAGAUGAAGCUGCAUGUGCGCCGGAUGGAUCUGAUGAAGGAGACAGUAAAGCACAUCGUUGAAGCUCUAGCUAAAUCGGAUUGAUAGGCAUCAUUUCCCUUUGUUUGGGAUGCUUUGCAGUUUUGGUUUUUACUGGCUUCUUUGCUGUUGGUAGGUCUCUUUCUGUUCUAAAGUUAAGUGCUUUGUUUUGUUGUGAUGUUGAAUUCUCUUUUCUGGUUCUCUUUCUUCAUGAUGAAGAUAGAAGUGUAUCACUUGGUGGACUUGGAAGGCCACGUCUAAAUGUUUCCUUCUUAAUGUUUAGCAGGCAGUCGUCUUUUCUGUAGCCGAACAAAUUUAACAGUUGCUUAAUAUGCCAAAUUAAUAUAUUGCAAUUAAUUAGAUGAA